GGGGCUCACCUGCCUGCGGCCCCGCGGCUGCCGGGGCGCGGAGGUUGCGCGGCGGAGCGCGGAGGCUGCCGGCAGCAUGGCCCGCUUGCUGGGCACUCUGCGCAGCUCCCAGCCCGUGGCGCGCUUCCAGCGCUGCUGCGGGCUCUUCCCCGCCGGCGAGGAGGGCGGCGGCGACCCCGCGGAGGGGGCCUGCAACGGCGCGGGCGCGCUGCGCCGCCCGGCAGCCUCCGGCCGCGGGCCCCCCAACGGGGUGCGGAGCGGCCGCGGCCCACAGGCUCACGCACAGAAGUAUAUUGUGAAGAACUACUUCUACUACUACUUGUUCAAGUUUUCAGCUGCUUUGGGCGAAGAGAUUUUUUAUAUCACUUUCCUUCCAUUUACCUACUGGAACAUAGAUCACUCUGUGUCUAGAAGGAUGAUAAUUAUUUGGUCUAUAGUGAUGUACAUAGGCCAGGUCUCCAAGGACAUCCUCAAGUGGCCUCGGCCCCUCUCGCCACCUGUCGUCAAGCUGGAAAUGAGGGCAGACGCAGAGUACGGGAUGCCUUCCACCCACGCCAUGGCAGCUACCGCCAUCUCCUUCUCCUUCCUCAUCGCGACCGUGAACCAGUACAAGUAUCCAUUCGAACUAGGCCUGGUAGCAGCGUUUGUGUUUUCGACGCUGGUGUGUCUCAGCAGACUCUACACAGGGAUGCACACAGUCCUGGACGUGAUCGGCGGAGCGCUGAUUUCGGCUGUGCUGCUUUUGCUCUUGUAUCCUGCGUGGGACAUGAUAGAUCACUCGCUGUUAACUAGUCCCUUCUGUCCACUGCUUUCCAUAGUUGUGCCUCUUGUCUUAUGUUACAACUACCCCAAACUAGACUAUUACAGCCCUACCAGGGGAGAUACCACUACUAUCUUAGGAGCAGGAGCUGGAGCAACUGUGGGAUUUUGGUUAAAUAACCAGUACGCUGCGCCAGCCUACACCAGCGAAAAUUUUCAGCUUGGAUUUCCUCUGAUCACCGGUAAAAUCAUGGUGGUUGUACUAGCCAGGUUCUUUGUAGGGAUCUUUGUUGUUCUACUGACGCGCCAGCUCAUGAAGAGUGUGGUCCUUGGCAUGCUGGGUUAUCGGUACAAGUUUCCCAUUGGCGACCUGGAAGCCCGGAGACGACUGGAAGUCGAAGUGCCCUAUAAAUUUAUAACGUACUCCUCAGUUGGCUUCAGUGCUACCGUGAUUGUGCCGCUGCUGCACAAGCUGUUAGGGUUGAUGUGAGCGCAGCGCCUUCCUUACAAUGUGUGGCACCACCAUUUCAGAGACGCGGCUAAAAACCAACAAAGCAUCUUCUGCAAGAAGAGCUGGUUAUUCAGGUAUGUGUGAGGUUGCAUCGGCGCGGAUGAGGAACAUCCCUGCUCUACUUGCUUCCGUGCCGGUAUGAAGCCAAAAACUGAGGAGCUGCCUCCAGUCCUGCUCCCUGCCUGCCACCAACACGGCACUCAGCCCAGCAGCAUCCUCUGCAUCCUGCAAAAGGAUCGCAAGAAUUUCCUCAUGGCAACUUACUCUCUCAUUGCUCCAAAUGCUAAUUAAGGUUCAGGAUCAGCCCAGGACAUUUUACUGUGUUUAUAAGGAGCUAUUUAAAAAAAGGCAAUAAAGGGCCAAAUUAAACUCAAACCUCAGGAACAUUUUCAUGACACUCUGAUCACUAGUGGUCAAGCCCAGAGACAGUCUUUGUCAGCUUCUCAAUGGAAAUAGUUCAUUGAAGUACUGUCUCAUAUGAGUUUCGUAGUCAUAACUUGCAGCUACAAGAAUAAGAACAGCAAUUAGGUCUUUUUCUUGUCCAACAUCCUGCAAGUGCAAAUUAACUUAAAUGUGUAAUUCAAUUUUGGCUGCCUUGUGAAAUCUGACGGCAGUAAUAAAUGAUCACGUUACCUAAAGGCUGUUUUAAAAAAUAUUCAGAACCAGUAUCUUUUAAAUCAUCCAGUUCCAGACUUAGCUACGAGCGCAAACCAACUACUUACACUGGAUGUACAAAAGUGAAAUUAUCUAGCCCCUGGGCAUCCCUGGCACGUGACUCUAGCCAAACAGACACUUGCCACUGCCAAGCUGCACUAUUCAAAACAAGUGUUAAAAUAAAACUUGAUGAAACAAAUUUAGAAAAGAAACAAAUGCCACAUAUACAGAUCACUCUGCAGACUGUGGGUGAAAACAUAACCCAGAAAUAAAGUACCCUUGUAGUUAGUGGUGAAGGCUUUCCUAUUUGUGAAUAAAGCUGGUAUUGUACCAAGGAUGUGAGCAACGCACAGUGACGUUCUUUUAGAAACUUGACUGUAAGCUUAAACUGGCACAAGAGCAAGAAUCAAGCAGAAGUUAAUAAUGUUGGCAUGGUACUCUACUGUAAAAUUAUAGGAAAAAAGAGCUUUGACAAUACGGUUAGUUAAAAA